AAGGUCGCUUUUAUUCAUCCUGAUCUCGGCAUUGGCGGUGCUGAGCGCCUUGUUGUCGAUGCGGCACUUGGCUUGCAGAACAAAGGGCAUAAGGUUGCCGUUUACACCUCCUACAGGGACUACAACCACUGUUUUGAGGAGGCUCGUGACGGUACGCUUGAUGUACGUGUCAGGGGCGAUACAGUGGUUCCUGCUAAUCUGGGUGGACGCUUCUCCAUACUCUGUGCUAUGCUGCGUCAAAUCCACUUGGCGCUUACGCUCAUCAUGGAUGAGGAUGAGUUCGAUGUCAUCUUCAUUGAUCAGCUCUCUGCUGCUAUACCACUUUUGCAGUACAAUCUCAAGGCGAAGGUGGUGUUUUACUGUCAUUUCCCUGACAAACUGCUGUCAAGUCGGCAGAGUCUUCUCAAGAGAGUAUACAGAAUGCCAUUUGAUUUGAUCGAAGGGGCAACGACAGGAGCAGCAGACACAAUUUUGGUCAACUCCAAGUACACUGCUUCCAUUUUUGCGCAAUCGUUUCCGAGAAUCGACAAGAAGCCACAGGUACUGUAUCCGUGCGUUUCCAGUGAUCAUGAAGCGGAAACGAAAGCGUUGGACACGACUGGACUCAAAUUCAUUUUGUCACUCAAUCGUUUCGAGAGAAAGAAGGACGUCGGACUAGCAAUCAAAGCCUUCGCCAAACUGAAGGGUCGCAAGAGUAGCCCUUCUGCAGUAUUGGUCAUUGCAGGAGGCCACGAUGCGCGUGUUGCAGAAAACGUCGCCACACUGAGCGAGCUGCAGAAGCUGUGUGGUACUCACUCUCUAUUGCACAAGACGCUUCAUCCGCCCUAUUCGCUUCCACUCGCACUUUCGCAGCCCAAAGAAGGCGUCGAUGUCAUAUUCAUGCUUUCCAUUCCUAAGCCCCUGAAAUCAGCAUUGCUGGCAGAGGCUUCCCUGCUUGCUUAUACGCCUGCCAACGAACACUUUGGUAUUGUGCCACUCGAAGCAAUGCUUGCGUCCACCCUUGUACUAGCUCAGAACAGCGGUGGACCCCUCGAGACCGUGCAAGACGGAGUCACCGGUUACUUGAGGCCAGCAGAUGCAGAUGCUUGGAGUGAAGUCAUG